AUGGCACACAAGAGCGGCCGAGGCAAACCCCCAUUUGGCUCGUCCAAGAUCAUCCCCGCCGGAUUGUCUCUCAUCGGUAUGCAGACUGGUACUCAAAGUAUGACUCCUCCGAGGCCGGCGGAUCCACAUACGAUAUGGCUUGCAACGACCUUUGGAAAGGUGAUGAGAUAUCCUUGGUCCUCUCGAGGUCGCCAAGAGCAACUGGCAUGUUAUGUCAGAUCAGCUCUAUCUCGUCAAAAGGUCUGCUGCCGAUAUCUAGGCCAAGAUAUUGAGGUUGAGCUGAGCAUCGCCAGUCGUACUUUGAAGCAGUAUUUGAUCAUACAAUACCGUCUGGUCCGUCGCACAUGA